AUGUAUACCCCAUCACCCCAACUACUUCGCGCAUUGCGCACCACCCUUUCCAGCAAUUCGCGCCCCAUCCUCCCCCGACUCACACCCGCCACACCCAUCGUUCCAUCCGCGCACCGCAACUCCAGUACCGCCGUCCGACCCACACGCAUGAUCCCUCGUUCUCACACCCACAAGCCCGCGAGUCAUGAUCGAGGCCCGCAGUCAGAUGAAAGCACUCAAACCGACUUCAACGCGUUGAACGUCUUGGGCGGUGUCGAGGCACCUACCACUGCCAUUGACGCAUGUCUUGAUUCAGGGUUCCAUCUCAACAGCGGCUUGAAGAUUACUGGCGGGUCGGGCAUGAUGCUUGUGGGUGGAGAGGCAUUUUCUUGGAAGCCGUGGACGGAAUUUGAGGGAAAGUUCGCGAAUGAGCGCGAGGCCAAGGCUAGUAUGAUAAAUGCCAAGGGCCAGUUUGAGCUGGGUGAGGAGGCUUUUGGGUUGUUGAGUGUUGUGUGGCCGAGACCUGAUAUGCUCAUUCUUGGUCUGGGGGCCUCGAUCUACCCCUUGGCGCCUGAAACAAAGCGCCAGAUCAAUUCGCUGGGUAUUCGUGUGGAUAUUCAGGACACUCGUAAUGCGGCGGCACAGUUCAAUCUGUUGGCCACUGAGCGCGGUGUGAGUGAGAUUGCGGCUGCGAUGAUCCCGAUCUCAUGGAAAGGAAGGUCAUGA